AUGGCUCCAACAUGGCGUUCGGUUUCGCGAGCUUUGAGUCGGCAAACUACUGAAAUCCUGCAAGAGCAAUCAUUAGGGAUGGUCCCACCCGGGUGUGGUCCUUACGAAUCACAAAGGAUAUUCUCGAAUUCCCUCACACCAAGCUGCCACGCCAGUGUUGCGGAAGCCGCGAAGGAUCCGCCACCUGCUAGCAGGGAUGAGAGUUCUAAUCGAUCCAAGAACCCUCCCAUAUCAGCAGAAUUACCACCGCAUUUCCUUGUGAUGGAUCAGGGUGUCUUACUAAGGCCCGGGCCGAGGAGCACUGCUCGUGAGGCGGUGGAGAGGUAUGGUCUAUAUGACAGGCGCUAUCGCCCGUUAGAGAGGUAUGGCCGACAAGAUGAGCCCCGCAGGAACGCGCCGGUCCUAUCGGCGCGAGCUACUUCGACAACAUGCAACGUCUCGACUCAUCAAGACUCCCCGUGGCGGAUUCCUCAUCAGCAUCCACCAGCGAUGGCGGCGGGACAUAGCAAUACCAUCCCUCCUGUGCCGGAGCUAGGAGCGUUGGGACAGAAGCCUUCUGAAGGCCAGCGCCGGGACGAUGAUGACGAGGCACUUGCUGCUCGCCUGAUCGCCAAGAGGCUUCUUCCUUCCCCGUCUGCCGCUUUCACAGGAGCGUUACAAGUCAUCAUCCAUCGAGCACGCCUUCUUGCAGCCUCAGGACCUCCCUUACACUCCCUCGGGCCCUCUCCAGUUUCGGCCUCUGCUCUCCCCUGCUCUUCAAACGUCACGGCAACUGCUCCUCUCUCCUCUUCAUCCCAGCUGCCUGUGCCUGACACGGCUUCUUUUGACUCCCUAUCCCUUCCAGCGGCAAGCACCAGCCAUGUGGACCUUUCUACCCAGGGUCUUCCUGUUGGGUCGUCCAGCUAUCUGAAACGUCUACCUGGAAGCCUUCCAUUGCAAUCUUCCAGCGACACAGGCUUCCUAACCAAGAAUUUCUCACUGAAGUCCUCUGGUUAUGUGGUCCUGUCUACCAGGAACCAUCCUUCGCAAUUCUCCAGUCACAUGGAUCCCUUUACCAGGAAUCUUCCUCGAUCCCAUACAGGCCUUCAAACAAGGAAUCAUAUAUUGCAAUCAACCAGUGAAGCUGACAAGUUUAUGGGGAAUGCUCCUGCUCAAUCCGGCCACAGGGGCCUGUUUUGGGGGAAUGUACAAUUGUCGACUACUGGGAGUCUCCCCGUGCAGCCGUCCAGUCACCUGGUGUCAUCAGGCAUCUCUGGCUCCAUCCCACCCAUCCACGUGACGCCAUCCAACCAUGUGGAUCCAGCUCGCACCUGUUUUUCUCCGGAGGAUGAACUCCAAAAGCUACUGGCAGCAGGACCCACAUUGCCAUCCACGCUUGAGGGCAAGGAGUGUGGGAGGACGCUCACCCUGCCUCAGUGUUUGGGUCAACACAUGUCUGGCCGCAUGAGAGAGGAGAGGCUGAAAGUAACGCAAAAGAGGAAUGCGGAGGCGGCCGCAGCAAGCUUAUGUGAGCUGCAGAUAGCAUCCUUGCCGUCAGAAAGUUCCAUCAUGGCUGAAUGUGCUGAGGAGAUGCUCACCCUGAAACAGGCAAAAAAUGCUGUCCCAGCAGCAAAACCACCUGAGGUUCCAGUGAAGGAAGAUCAUCUCCAGCAGCCGUUUCAUGAAGCAGGUAGUCAAUCUCAGCAGCAGCUGCUGUUGGACCAGCAGCUGCUCCACCAUCGGCUCACCAUGCUGCCAGAUCGUGUCCUGUUGCCUCCCAUGGCAACCUUGGCGUUCCCUCUCCUGCAGCAGGAUGAAAAUGAGCUCCUGCACCUGCAGCAUGGAAGCAAGAUAUGCCUUCCUCCCCUCCGCAGACCGACGCGCACCUCGUCUCACCGCGCUGCACCGCGCCAUUUCAAUGUACUCUCUGGCAGAACCGUUCUUUUUCACGGGACGAACCCGAGCGCUUAUCAGCUCGCGUCUCUCGUUCCGCUGCCGCUAAUCGCCCACGCGGCAGCCGCGUCAGCGAAACUUCAGCGAAAUGCCGCGCUCACGUUGCGUGCCGUCGCUUGCCAAUCAGAGGCGUCACAGGAUGCCCCGUCAGAAUCGUCGCAGGCGAUUGUUUCGCAAAGCAGGCCAGCCUCCUUCACCCUCAAGGCGGCUUCGGCUGCUGUAGCUGCAGCUGUAGCCGCCGCUACAUCCGCGAUUUCCGCAUUCACUGCUCCUGCGGCGCUCGCCGUCGAUUCCGAUGCGCUCUCCCGCUACGAGCAAAUCGCCGGCAAGGCCAUACAGCGCUCCGUCGUUACAAUCACUUCCGCUGCCGCGAAUGGGCCGAUUAAUGUCACAUCGGCUGGGGAAGCCGCCGGAGCUGCCGCUGUCGGGGAGGCCGCUAGUGCCGCUGCAGGCGCCGUGACUGACGCCGCCUCCGCCGCCGCGACUUCCGCUCCGGAAGCCGUGAGCGCCGUUACUGCCGCUGUGUCCGACGCCGUCUCCGCCGCCGCACCUGCCGCCGUGACUGACGCCGCCGCCGCCGCCGUAUCUUCCGCUCCGGAGGCCGUGAGCGCCGUUACUGCCGCCGUGUCCGACGCCGUCGCCGCCGCCGCAUCUGCUGCCGCACCUGCCGCCGUGACUGAAGCCGCGGCGGCCGCCGCCUCUGCCGCCAGCGCCGCCGCCACUUCUGCAGCGGCUGGAGUCGCCGAAAUGUUGACCAGCGCCGUCCCAGCCGCCGCUUCUGCCGCCGCGUUUGACGCCGAAGUGGCCCUCGCUUUCGCGGCCGCAGCGGGAGCGACGGCGCUGCUCGCGGGGGCGUUCUCGUUCCUCACGCGGAAGCAGUACGCGGGAGAUUUGACCCCAGAAGCCGCUUUAGAAAAGGCCCUGGAAGAGGCUGGGGAGGAGUGGGAGGAAGAGGGCGAGGCGGUCAUUCUUCUCGACAUUCGCGACGGCAAGGAGAAAAGCAGAUCGGGUAACCCGACGCUGAAAAGCUCGCCGAAGCGGCUGGUGGCGGUUGCGUAUCGCGAAGACUCUCUGAAGCGGAAAGCGGAGGAGGGCGAGGGGGACGGGGAGGACGACGAUGUGAUUGUAGUGGGUGAUAUUAAGGAGGGGUUCGUCGCAGCGGUUAAGGAGGCUAAAGCCGUCUCGGAUGGAUCGACUAUCAUUGUUAUUGAUAAGGCCGGGGAGGACGCUGUGGAUGUCGCCAAGGAGCUGACGUCAGCGGGCUUCAAGAAUGUCUUCGCCGUGGCUGGAGGAGCUGACGCGUGGCAGGAGGCGGGGCUGCCGUGGAAGAAGCCAUUUCUCCGCCUGCCCACGCCUGUGCUCCCCUCACUCCCCUCGCUCCCCUCGUUGAACCUCGGAAUCAACCUCGAGGAGUCCGUUUCUACAGUGAAAGAGGUCUUCAUCACUGUAGAGAGUGGUGCAUCAACAGCAGCGUCAGCGGCGGCAUCAGCAGCUCCUGCAGCGCUCGGCAUCCUCGCUGCUGCUGGUCUCUCCGUUGCCGUGCUGACAGAGGCCGAGGCAUUACUCACGCUGGUGGCGUCAGUGGCGCUCGUGCAGUUCAUUGCCACCAAGCUGCUCUUUGCCAAGGACAGGGAGCAGACCCUGGCUCAGCUGCGCAAGUACCUGCCCACCGAUGCUGACCUGCCCGCCCUCUCUCCUCCGAAGGAGGCAGUUGCACCCACCACUGUUGCUCCCUCUGCAGCACCCAUAGCUUCAGCUCCUGCUGCUGCUCCUGCUGGGUCUCCUUCUGCUGCUCCUGCUGCUGCACCUGCUGCUGCUCCUGCUGCUGCUCCUGCUGCUGCUCCUCCUGCUGCUCCUGCUGGGUCUCCUUCUGUGGCUGCCGAGCCAGCAGCAGCAGCAUCAUCAGUCCCAUCGCCUAUUCCCUCUCCCUCCCCCGCUGCUGACGCUGCGGCUGUUACUGCUGCUGCCCCUUCAGCCCCUGCUGCUGUCACUCCCCUCGCUGCCGCUGCGGCCCCUGCUGUUGCCGCUCCUGCUGCUCCCCCUGCUGGCCCCGCUGCCCCUCCUGCUGCUGCUGCCCCUGCUCCUCCUGCUCCUGCUGCACCUACUGCAACCAAGGCUGAGUCAGCAAAGGCGGAGGUUAAGUCAGCAGUAUCGGACUUGCCAUACGCCAAUCGUCCUCUCUCCCCUUACACCCUGUAUCCGGACCUCAAGCCCCCCACUUCGCCAUGCCCUUCCCCCCCCACCUCCAAUGCUGCCGCUGUUGCUGAGCCUCCUGCCAAGCCUGCUGCCGAACCGGCUGCCAAGCCACCUGUUGCUGCAGCAGCAGCAGCAGCACCAGCAGCAGCACCAGUUGCACCUGCACCAGUUGCACCUGUUUCAGAUCUGCCCUAUGCCAACAGGCCCCUCUCGCCCUACAGCCUGGUGAGUUAA